AUGUCCAAGAUCUUGCUAUGCGGUGCGGUGCAGGGCCAGUGGGAGCUGCUCUUCGAGCGCGUGCGCAAGCUGAACGCAGCGGCCAAGGACCAACCAUUCGAUGCGCUCGUGUGUGUAAGUCGCUGCUUCCCUCUGCCGUCUGAUUACGUGACAGGAGGCGGCAAAAACGUGCCACUGCUUACGUAUUUCCUGCCAGCGCAUGAGAGCGCACGGUCGUGGCAAGACGAUGCCGUCCAGACGAAGCUUUUUGACACGUUGAGUGCAGUCAAAGGGUCUUCGGAGCCUCUGGAGGUCGGUGAUGGGUUCUAUUGUCUUGCUGGAGCAGGAGUUGCUACUAUUGCAGGAUUGAAGGUGGUCUAUGUCUCGGGCAUAGAGGCUGUUGAUCCGGAGCAGGGGAAAGGAACACUGUUGACGUAUUCGAAAGCAUCGGUGGACGAGCUGAUGCAGCAGCAUUUUGCUGAUGGAAAGGUCAGGGGUGAUGUGGACUUUUUGGUAACAGCAGAGUAUCCGACGAGUUUCCAGUUGUUGCUGCCAGAGCAACAACUAGCUCAUGGAUUACAAGCGAUGCGGGGGAAGUGUAGUAGUCAGAGAGAUCGUGCGGCAUAUAUAUCCAAAGUAUCACAUUACGAGUCGUGGGGAGAUGGCACUCGUGGAGACGUCUUCUACCAGCGACUACCAUAUGUGAGUGAAGUAGUGGGGACCGGAUGCAAGCGAGUUACGCGACUAAUUGGUCUCAGUGGUGUCAAUACAAUCAAAGACAAGACCCGCAAGUAUCUACACGCGCUCCAGGUCGUGCCGUUUGCAAAACAGAUCACAGAAGAAAGCCAACAUGUGGACAUUCCUGCUGGCACUACAAAAAAUCCCUACCUUCACGCAUUGGUGGACGAAGCGAUCUCACGAAAUCGAGAAUCUGAUGCAGAAGAGAAGAAAGAUCGAACCUGCUGCGACUGGAGGUCUCUCUGCCCAACAGAUCGAGCAGCUAUCCGCAAAAGUGGGGAUGGCACGCAGUUUUUCUACGACCAAAGGCUUGCAGCUAAAGGCCAACGAAAGGGUGGGUUGCUACUUAAUCACAAACCGCAGCAGCAAAGAAGCAAUAGGUCGGCUGUGCCUGAUCGCACUGGAGUGCUGGUUCUGUCUGUCGACGCCAACGUUGGAGCGGCAUUUAAUUGUGAGCAUCGGUCAAAGGAAACUUAUCUUGCGAUGCCGAAGGGCGCGAAAUGUGAAGAUCACGUGCUCAUCGUCCCCUAUUGCGCACAGGCUCCACGUUAG